UUCAGCUUCACGUGAAGCAUGGUCUGCGUUUUUCGAAUAGCCUUCUCUUCGAACUCUUGACGAAAAUACCUAUCAGAGAUGAGAUAACAGUGCAACAUUGAGAGAAUAGGCCUACGAUGUUGUUUUCGUGAUUGAUUUUAUAGGCAGUGCGGCGCGCGCGCGCGCGCGCGGUGAUCAGGAGCGCCAACGCAGAUGUCUCUGAGAAAAGAGCGGCGACAAGCACCAGAGGAAAGUGACAAACUGGGGAGCAGGACAAUUGCUGGACAAUUUUCAAGCCAAAUUGACAAGCUAAAAUGUUUGGCCGUGUUUUUUGUAAACCAACAGCUCCUCCCUUUUAAAGCACCCCUUCCUUUGGGAUUAACGAAAUUAUGACCGUCCCCAAAGGAGAUUAUCACAGGAGCUCUCCUGUACAAGGUUGCAUGUCCGAGUUGGUCCGUGUAAGGAUUUUCACGGGGAGGCGCUCGUCAGAGGGAUACUGAAAGUUGAGAACAGGCGAACUUUUGCCGCCCAUAAAUUAGGCUACACAGCAUAUUUAAUAGGAGAGUGGAUUCUGAGAGCCUAGCGCAAUGCUGCACCUCGUUUCUCCGUGAACCCGUUUUAUCUAUUGGAUCAACAAUGAUGUAUUUAGGCAACACGACACUGUCACGAUGACACCAACACUGUCCUAAAUGAACCUCGCGCGCUACGUGAGAACAGGCAGAAAAACUACGUUUUCUUUGAGUUCGAUUGAUGAAGAUGCAGUAGGGAGACCAGACUGAGAACACUGAACUUGGUGUGUGGGUGCUACAGUAGCUGAACAGAAUGACAGAGGGACUGGAGGUGCAUCAGAGUGACUCCCCUAGAUCUGUGCCUGUGGACCACCACCACCACCACCACCCCAAUAGCAGCCUGGUGCGGCGCGGCAUCCCUACUGCUGAUGAAGCUCCACAUCAGCACCACUUGAACAGGGGCCGCACAGCGUCCUCGCCUCAAUCAGCAGACUCAACACUGGAACUAGAGAGAGGCGCCGUCCACUCUGAGGAAAAGGACAGGCGGGAAGGAAUGCCGUCCAGGGAGCCAGAGUCUGUCAGUUCCUGUGAUGAUAACCAGGGGCCAGAUGAGGAGCUGGGCGAGGAACAGAGGCAGGCCAGGCCACCAGAGCCACCGGACGGAGGGUGGGGAUGGGUAGUGGUGGUCUCCACCAUCCUGGUCCUGGCCCUUACCCUGGCCUUCCCCUCUUGCAUUGGCAUCUUCUACACGGACUUGCAGACGGAGUUCAGUGCCAGUAACAGUGAAACCUCUUGGGUUCCCGCUAUCAUGACGGCUGUUCUUCAUGGAGGAGGGCCCCUGUGCAGCGUGCUGGUGGAGCUGUUUGGGUGUCGGCCGGUGGUGAUCCUGGGGGGCAUACUCAGCGGCGUGGGGAUGACGGCCAGCUCCUUUGCCCAGUCCAUCACCGCACUCUACAUCACCGCUGGCAUCAUCACAGGUCUGGGCUUCUGCUUUUCCUUCCAGCCUGCGAUCACGAUGAUUGGCCACUACUUUGUGCGGCGGCGGGCGUUCGCCAACGCCAUGUCGUCCACGGGCACCGCACUGGGCCUCAGCGUCCUGCCGCUGCUGGCAAACUUCCUGCGCGGCCGCUACGGCUGGCGAGGCAGCUUCCUGAUCUUCGGCGGUAUCCUGCUCAACUGCUGCGUGUGCGGGGCUGUGCUGAGGCCCCUGGGGGGCCCCAAGAGGAGGAAGACCUCUGACACCAAACCAGACCCCCUCCAUCAGGCCGAGAAUGGCCACAGCCACCCCCAGAAGAAGAGGAAGCACCCUGGUGGUCUGAAGGCUCAGCUGUGGAGCACACUCUCUGUGCUGGCCUCCUUCCUGCACAAGCACAUGGGCUUCGACCUGCUCCGUACCAACCCGCGCUACCGAGCCUUCGCCCUGAGCGUGUCCUGGAUGAUGCUGGGCUUCACCGUGCCGCUGCUCUACCUGGUGCCCUACGCCACCUCGCACGGCAUCACGCAGGACACGGCCGCCAUGCUCAUGUCCAUCCUGGGCCUGGUCAACAUCUUCAUGCGGCCCGCCGUGGCGCUCAUCUUCGGCCUGCCGCGCUUCCGCCGGAGCCCCUACUUCGUGUACGUGUUUGCGGCGGCCAUCUUGGUGAACGGCCUGAGCAGCAGCAUUUGCGGGAUGGGCGCCACCUUCCCCGUGCUGCUGGCCUUCGUGGUGCUGUUUGGCCUCUCCAUGAGCUUCAUCGGCUGCCUGCUGGUCACCGUGCUCAUGGACACCGUGGACAUCCGCCGCUUCCACUCGGCCCUGGGGCUCAUCUGCUGCAUGGAGAGCGUGACCGUGCUCAUGGGACCACCGCUCGCAGGUCUGAUGAUGGACAGGAUUGGUGAGUACAAGUGGAUCUUCUACGCCUGCAGUGUAAAUGUGGCCACGGCCGGCCUCUUCCUAAUGGCCUCCUUCUUCUACCUGGACCGCCAGCGGGCAAGGGAAGCCAAGGAGAGCUGCACCACCCCACCUGACCACCAGCAACCCUCCAGACCUAUGCUGGCCCUCACAGUCUCUGACACAGACGCCAACCCACUGCCCUUAUUACAGGCGCAGCAGACACAGGACUUAGACGGUGUUAACGUGUCAGAGGUGUAAAAUGUACAGUAUUGAUUAUGUCUGAGACAGCACUUUUUCUUAUAACAGCACAUUUUUACUGUGUUGUUUUUUAGUGCCUAAAGACUCACUGAACAAAAAUGCCAGCAGAGAACAAGCCUGUCUGUGCUGCACUUUUUUGUUCUUCCUGUCUAGGCUGUCACCAUUCUUUCCUGUAUUUCAGCACAUUUUUUGUUCUUUCUUUUUUUAUUUAAAGUGUUUUUACGGAGGGGUGCAAAAAGCAACACCCUUCCUUUCUCCGUUUUGUGGACCGUAUGGGUGUUUUAUACUGUACAAAUGAAACAUCUAUAUUUUCUAACUUAAGUAGACCUAUUAUACCUUAAAGCUGUCAUACAAAAACCAAUCACAAAGUAGCUGCUAAUUGUGGUAAAUGUCUGCUGUAGGCUAUAACAUAGAUUUACUUGGAGCUGUAUUUGAAAGAGCCAUCACUGUUGUGAAUGAAAUAUUUCCUUCAACAUACAAGCUGUUCAGCUAACAUGCAUAUUGGUCAAAGUAUUUUUUUACUUGAUUUAUAUGGAUUCAUACAUUGGCCAGUUGCAGUUCUUAUUAGUAAGAUGCACAAGUCACCAUGAUGGUCUUCUAUGUUUACACUGAUGUCACUGGGCAAAGAGUUUUUUGAUGUCACAAGAUAAAUAUCUUUGCUUUGAAUGUUUUUUUUUUAUUAAAUGAACUUUUUAGGACUGUAAUUGUGGAAGUACUCUAAAAUGGAAUAGCAAGCUGCAUAUUCUUAUUAAAAUGUUAUUUUGAAUGUUUAGUACGAUGAUUCACACAAUUUAUGAAGGUCAUCUAAUUAAUAUUUUCUAUAUGGCACUUAGAACAAGUACAAGUUGAUUGUGGAAUUGUAAUUAUUUAAAAAAUAAAAUGGAAGAA